UGGUCUCUGCUGAAGCACGAGGGGCUGCUGCUGCUGGUAGAAAUGCUGGAGAAGGUACCUUGGAAAGAAAAAAUCAGGCAAAGGUAUGCAGAUCUACCUGGAGAGUUGCACAUUAUUGAGCUUGAGAAAGACAAAAAUGGGCUUGGACUGAGUCUUGCUGGCAACAAGGACCGCUCUCGUAUGAGCAUCUUUGUAGUUGGUAUCAAUCCAGAUGGACCUGCAGGACGAGAUGGAAGGAUGCACGUUGGAGAUGAACUUCUAGAGAUAAACAAUCAGAUUCUGUAUGGAAGAAGCCAUCAGAAUGCAUCUGCAAUCAUUAAGACUGCCCCAUCAAAGGUUAAGCUAGUUUUCAUACGAAGUGAAGAUGCAGUCAAUCAGAUGGCUGUUACUCCUUUCCCCUUGCCUUCUGGCUCCCACUCGUCCAUUGAGGAUCAUGGUGGCACCGAACAUGCAAGUGGUGAAGAAGACCUGAGUUUGGAAGCUGUUAUGAAAAGCAUGACUGAUGAGGAAUCCAACAAAAUUGAUGUGAAAUGUAAAGCUGACAAACCAGUGGUGGCAGAUCAACAUGAUAUGGAGGAGCAGCUCCCAGAAAAUGUCCUCAAGCAGAUCAAACAAGCCAAAUCUUCAACAAAAGUACCAGUCAACUUGCAGGAGAUACCCCUGGUGCCAGCACCUACUUAUCUUUCUCCAGAGGCAGAAGUCACCAGCCGUGGCACCUUUCCACCUCCACUGCCCGUGGAUCCAGCAACGUGUCCUAUAGUUCCAGGGCAGGAGAUGACUAUAGAGAUAUCUAAGGGUCGAUCAGGGCUCGGACUCAGCAUCGUUGGGGGAAAAGACACUCCACUGGAUGCCAUCGUAAUCCAUGAAGUCUAUGAAGAAGGGGCAGCAGCCCGAGAUGGCAGGCUUUGGGCUGGCGAUCAGAUUCUGGAGGUGAACGGGAUCGAUCUGCGGAAUGCCAGCCAUGAAGAAGCUAUCACUGCGCUGAGACAGACGCCCCAGAAGGUGCAGCUGGUUGUUUACAGAGAUGAGGCCCAUUACAAAGAUGAAGAGAACUUGGAGAUUUUCUACGUAGAUAUACAAAAGAAAACAGGCCGAGGACUAGGGCUCAGCAUAGCUGGAAAACGAAAUGGAAGUGGAGUGUUUAUCUCUGACAUUGUUAAAGGAGGAGCUGCAGAUCUAGAUGGAAGAUUAAUUCAAGGAGAUCAGAUUUUGUCUGUAAAUGGAGAGGAUAUGAGAAAUGCCUCACAAGAGACUGUUGCCACUAUACUUAAGUGUGCCCAAGGCCUGGUGCAUCUUGAGCUUGGGAGGUUGCGAGCCGGAUCGUGGCUGUCAUCACGGAAAACGUCCCAGAACAGUCAGGCGAGCCAACAGAGUGUCCAUAGCCACUUCCACCCUACGCUUGCUCCGGUCCUCUCUACCUUACAGAAUUUUGUCAGCACGAAAAGAUCUUCAGCAGAUGUGUCCCAGAGGAACUCAGAUACGGGCCCAAGGACUGUGGAGAUAACAAGGGGACCAAAUGAUGCACUUGGUAUCAGUAUAGCAGGAGGGAAGGGAAGCCCAUUAGGAGAUAUUCCCAUCUUCAUUGCUAUGAUUCAAGCCAGUGGUGUGGCUGCACGUACCCAAAGACUCAGAGUUGGAGAUCGGAUUGUCAGUAUUAAUGGGCAACCUUUGGAUGGGCUGUCUCAUGCAGAUGCAGUUAAUCUACUAAAGAAUGCUUAUGGGAGCAUUAUCCUGCAGGUCGUGGCUGAUACCAACAUCAGUGCCAUUGCCACCCAGCUGGAGAGCAUGUCUGCGGGGUGCAACCUGAACUCUUCUUCUGAGCAUCCCUCUGAAGACCCCGAAGCACCUCAGCCUAAGAUUAUUACUUUGGAGAAAGGCUCUGAUGGACUGGGAUUUAGUAUUGUAGGGGGUUAUGGAAGUCCCCAUGGAGACCUGCCCAUUUAUGUCAAGACUGUGUUUGCCAAG